AUGGCCGACCAAACAUUGGAAGUAAACACAGCUGUCAAGGAUCAUGUAGAAAAAACAGAGCAUGAGGAGCCAGAAGUUUCGAGUCUUCCGACGAACGAAGAGCCCUGUGACAGACAGGGUCGGGACUCUCCAGAGGAGCCGCAUCCGGCCGCUGCAGAGAGCAACUGGUCGGCUCCGAUCCUGUCUCUGGCUCGGAAGGCCACGGAGACGAUCAGCAUCGGGAUGAGCUUCGCCGCUGCCCCGAGAAAAGCCUCUCAGGAUUCUGCUGUGAGUUCUCCAGGCGAGAAGGAGGCUGAGAAUAAUCGGAGGAGCUUCUCAGAAACGCUUCCCGUUGUGCCUCUCAAAGACCCCAUGGCGAUAGAGAGAUCCAACCUCCUCAGUAUGAUGAAGUUAAGCAUCAAAGUUUUGAUCCAGUCCUCCCUGAGCCUGGGCAGAACCCUGGACUCUGAGUAUCCUCCUCUCCAGCAGUUUUUCCUGGUCCUUGAACACUGCCUCAAACAUGGUCUUAAAGCCAAGAAAUCCUUCAUUGGACAGAACAAGUCCAUAUGGGGACCUCUGGAGCUAGUUGAAAAGUUGUGUCCAGAGUCUGCCAACAUUAGUACAAGUGCCAGAGACCUGCCUGGUAUCAGAACGGGCUUAGGAAGAGCGCGUGCCUGGCUGCAUUUGGCGCUAAUGCAGAAAAAAGUAGCAGACUACUUGAAAGCCCUGCUGGACCACAAAGACCUCCUGAGUGAGUUUUAUGACUCUGGAGCUCUAAUGCUGGAGGAGGAAGGAGCAGUGAUGGGGGGGCUGCUCGUUGGCCUCAACGUCAUAGAUGCUAACCUCUGUAUUAAAGGGGAGGAUCUUGAUUCUCAGGUGGCGGUCAUUGAUUUUUCCCUCUACCUGAAGGAUCCUACAAGCAGCGAGACCCCAAAAGACGAUGCAAAGAUGACAGCCAUACUAGACCAGAAGCACUACAUCGAAGAACUGAAUCGGCACUUGACCGGCACCGUCACCGACCUGCAGGCGAAGAUGGACUCUUUAGAGAAGACCAACAACAAGCUCGUCGAGGAGCUGACUGCAGCAACGGACAGAAUCAACUCUCUGCAGGAGGAGCAGCAGCAGCUCAGACAGGAGAACGACUCCAUCUUGCUGACGAGCCAGAAAAAGGAAGAGGCAGCACUUCAGGAUAGCCAGGUGGAGCUGGAGACGUACAGACAGACUCGCCAAGGUUUGGAUGAGAUGUACAACAUGGUGUGGAAACAGUACAAAGAAGAGAAGCGGAUUCGCCAGGAGUUGGAGCGUGAACUUGAGCUCCAGGUGGGCCUAAAGAAAGAGAUGGAAGUGGCCAUGAAGCUACUAGAGAAAGACAUUAACGACAAACAGGACACGCUGGCGGCGUUACGGCUCCAGCUCGACCAGGUCAAGACUCUUAACCUGCAGAUGUUCCACAAAGCGCAGGACUCGGAGCGACAAGCAGAGAAGAAGCAGGCGGAGGCGGUGCAGCUGGAACAGAGGAUAAACGACAUGGAGAAAACCAUGGUGGAACUGGAGCGGCGACUGCAGAAAUCGGAGCAGGAGCGCAGGCAAACCGACCAGUCGGAUAAAGACAUGAGAGUGGAGCUGGAAGGGAAAGUUGACACGUUCGAGAAACAGUUGACGGAUUUGGACAAAUUAAGAACGGGUUUAGAAAGUGAGCUUCGCUCAGAGAGAGAGCAGAGGCAGAGUUUGCAGAAGGCUCUGCAACGGGAACAGGACAACAGCGUUGAACUGCGCACCCAGCUGCAGCAGCUCCAGGGCCUCAGCACGGAGCUGCAGGAUUUAAAGAAAGAGAAAAAGCAGCUGCAGCAGAGGUGUGAACAGCAGGAGCAGACACUCCAGGAGAUGGGCUUACAUCUUAGCCAGUCUAAACUGAAGAUGGAGGAUUUUAAGGAGGUCAAUAAGGCCCUGAAGGGCCAUGCAUGGAUGAAAGACGAUGAAGCUACACACUGCAAACAAUGUCAAAAGGAGUUCUCCAUUUCACGUAGAAAGCAUCACUGCAGAAACUGCGGCGACAUCUACUGCAACAGCUGCUCGAGCAACGAGCUAGCCUUACCGUCCUACCCUCGGCCUGUGAGAGUGUGCGACGUGUGUCACACGCUCUUGUUGCAGAGAAGCUCCUCCACAGGCUCCUGACAGAAAAACGCUGCACAGACUUCUUCUAACCACUAAUGUUAGGGGACUAAUAAGAGGGUUUGGUGUUUAGUGUUUGUUGGUCAACCUGAAAUUCAGGUGCCACGUUUGUAACCAAGAUGACCAUGUGGACUAAAACUGAUUUAUACACUUUACUAGCAGAGAAUAAACACUGGGCUAGCUGUUGGAUACUAAACAUUAACCCUGAGAUGCACCAUUGUCCCCUAAAUUGCAGACCAAUUACAAAUGCUUUAGUUUUUUUUAGGUUUAUUAAAUGUUUUCAUCAUUAAUUUGGAUAACAUUUAAAUUUGCUGUUGGAAUCAAAGUUGUUUCUUUAAGCCAAGAACUUGAUCUUUGCAUCUCUAAUAAUCUCACAUAACAUAACUGGAUGUAUGUCACACUGAUAAAGACUGUUAGGCUUUCUGCUUAUUUCUAACUUCAGCGGCCUUGUUGCUGGAUGCAGGUUUAUGUAAAGUAAUUGUUAAAUCUUAAAUAAUCACACUAUUUAAGAAUGUAUUUAAUGAUUUUGUAGAUCAUGUCAACUUCUACUAAACCUGUUUAUAAAACCAGGGAUUGAUUGACUUUUUUAAAUAAAUUAAUAAAACUUGUCUUUC